GACAAAGCUAUAUUGAUGGAUCCGAAUCCAAUAAGAACAGCCUUGAAUGUUUGUAAACAUCUUAUUGCAGUUCGGGUAUACGCCGUGGUAGUUUCGCAUCCAUUGACAGGAGAUUUAUCACCGGCUGCUGUUUCAUAUACAAGUGGUUUCUACCAUAUUCCAGUAAUUGGAAUUUCAUCGAGAGAUUCAGCAUUUUCUGAUAAAAACAUCCAUGUAUCUUUUCUACGAACAGUGCCACCCUAUUCCCAUCAGGCCGAUGUGUGGGUUGAAUUGCUCAAACAUUUUAACUAUAUGAAGGUUAUUUUCAUUCAUAGCUCGGACUCCGAUGGUCGAGCCUUGUUAGGUAGAUUCCAAACAACUUCGCAAAAUCUUGAAGACGAUGUGGAAGUUAAAGUUAUCGUGGAAUCUGUAAUAGAAUUUGAACCUGGUUUAGAAAGUUUCAAACAACAGUUGAUGGAAAUGAAAAAUGCUCAAGCUAGAGUUUAUUUGAUGUAUGCAGGAAAAACGGACGCAGAAGUAAUAUUCCGCGAUGCAGCACGACUAAAUAUGACAGAUAAUGGAUACGUCUGGAUCGUGACGGAGCAGGCACUGGACGCGGAAAACGCACCAGAAGGACUUCUUGGGCUCAAACUGGUCAACGCUACCAGCGAGGAAGCACACAUUCGAGACAGCAUAUAUGUGUUGGCGUCCGCUAUUCGUGAUAUGAACCAAACUGAAGAGAUAACAGAGGCACCAAAAGAUUGUGACAAAUCCGGAUCCAUUUGGGAGUCCGGGCGCGUCUUAUUCGAGUAUAUCAGGAAGCAGGUGCUUCUUAAUGGAGCAACUGGAAAAGUUGCAUUCGACGACAACGGCGACAGAAUUUUUGCUGAAUAUGAAAUCAUUAAUGUUAUUGAGAAAAAGGAACAUAAGGCGGUUGGGCACUAUUAUUAUAAUGUUGAACAAAAACGUAUGCGCCUCCGGCUGGAUGAAAAUAAUAUAUUGUGGCCCGGAAGAGUACGAACAAAACCAGAAGGCUUCAUGAUACCGACACAUUUAUUGGUACUGACAAUCGAAGAGAAACCUUUUGUUUAUGCAAGAAGAUUAAAUGAAGAUACUGACCAUUGCAUUCAAGACGAGAUUCUAUGUCCACAUUUUAAUAAUACUCCCGAUAAAGCCGCUGGCCUUUAUUGCUGCAGAGGUUUCUGCAUAGAUCUUUUGAAGGAAUUGUCCAGAACGAUCAACUUCACAUUUAGCUUGGCUUUGUCUCCAGAUGGACAAUUUGGAAACUACGUUCUAAAAAAUACUACGAAAAAGGAAUGGACUGGUUUAAUUGGUGAACUGGUUGCAGAACGAGCAGAUAUGAUAGUAGCUCCUCUAACCAUAAAUCCAGAACGAGCAGAGUUUAUAGAAUUUAGCAAACCAUUCAAGUACCAGGGAAUUACGAUAUUGGAAAAGAAACCUUCUAGAUCAUCCACCUUGGUAUCUUUCUUGCAACCAUUCAGUAAUACGUUAUGGAUACUGGUUAUGGUUUCCGUACACGUAGUGGCUCUGGUGUUAUACCUAUUGGAUAGGUUUUCACCCUUUGGACGAUUUAAGUUGGCAAACACUGAUGGUACUGAAGAGGACGCUCUGAACUUGUCCAGCGCGAUCUGGUUCGCGUGGGGCGUGCUGCUUAACAGCGGAAUUGGGGAAGGCACACCGCGCAGCUUUUCGGCCAGGGUACUCGGUAUGGUGUGGGCUGGAUUCGCUAUGAUCAUUGUGGCUUCGUAUACUGCCAAUUUGGCCGCCUUCCUCGUGCUGGAACGCCCCAAGACCAAGUUGACUGGCAUCAAUGACGCCAGACUUCGUAACACAAUGGAGAAUUUGACUUGCGCAACGGUCAAGGGAUCAGCUGUGGACAUGUACUUCAGAAGGCAGGUGGAAUUGUCUAAUAUGUACCGCUCUAUGGAAGCGAAUAAUUAUGAUACUGCCGAAAGAGCCAUACAGGAUGUUAAAAUUGGUAAAUUGAUGGCGUUCAUCUGGGACUCCUCUCGAUUGGAGUUCGAAGCGGCACAAGAUUGUGAAUUGGUGACUGCUGGAGAACUCUUUGGGCGAUCAGGGUAUGGAAUAGGACUUCAAAAAGGAUCGCCCUGGGCGGACGCAGUUACUCUGGCUAUUUUAGAUUUCCAUGAAAGUGGUUUCAUGGCAUCGCUAGAUAACCAAUGGAUUUUUCAACGUAAUGUUUUGCAAUGCGAGCAGUUUGAAAAAACGCCGAAUACUCUUGGACUAAAAAAUAUGGCAGGCGUUUUUAUCUUAGUCGGAGCUGGUAUUGUCGGUGGAAUAUUUUUGAUAGUUAUUGAAAUGGCAUAUAAAAAACAUCAAAUCAAAAAGCAAAAAAGAAUGGAAUUAGCAAGACAUGCAGCUGAUAAAUGGCGAGGGGUAAUAGAGAAACGUAAAAUGCUACGAGCUUCAAUAGCAGCCCAGCGUCGUAUCAAAUCCAAUGGAGUGAACGAUUCAACAACCACCAUAAGUUUAGCCGUGGACAGAAGUCCUGGACUGUUGGGCUUACGACCUUGUCCUCCAAGAAGUAUUUUGGACAAGGGCUGGGCAACGGACACCGAUUUGCGACAGAGAAGAUUAGAGGAACUUGGUAUACAACCCUCACCAAGAUAUAUGCCUGCUUAUACUGCAGAUGUGAGUCAUCUUGUGGUGUAGAGAUUUAUAAGAAAUAUUUUGUACUGAUUUACAAGUAUCAUGUUAGCAAUAUUUAAG